GUUCAGUGAGGUGCAGAAAAUACUCUGCUCCUUCUCUCCAGAACGCCUGAUCUUUGGAAAUGGCAAGAAAGGUUUAGUUAAUCAAUCACGUGGGCUUAAAGACUACUAGGCUGCCCAGGGGGACAAGGCAGCUUCCAGCUCAGGCAGAUUUCGGAGCAGCAAAUCAGCCCUUCCAGAACACUGCAGGACAGCUGGGCAGCCCAAAGCCUCCCACCAUGAGUGAAAUCACCAAACAUUCCCUGGAGAAUAGCUUACUACAACUGAAAUGCCAUUUUACCUGGAAUUUAUAUGAUGAAGAAAGUUCCUUAGAUGACUUGGAGAACAGAGUGCGUGACCAGGUACAGUUUCUAAACAAAGAAUUCAAAGCAAUCAUGUACAAUCUGUUUGCCUAUGUUAAACACCUCCGAGGCCAGAACAAGUCAGCUCUGGAAUAUUUACAGCAAGCAGAAGAGUUUAUCCUGCACACACAGGCCCGCCAAGGCAAAAUCCGAAGUCUGGUCACCUGGGGAAACUAUGCCUGGGUCUAUUAUCACAUGGGCAGGCUUCCAGAAGCACAGGCUUACAUUGACAAGGUAGGACAUCUUUGCAAGAAGUUUGCGAGCUCCUACAGAAUUGAAUGUCCUGAGACUGACUGUGAAAAAGGAUGGGCCCUUUUAAAAUGGGGAGAAAAGUAUUAUGAAAGGGCAAAGGUGUGUUUUGAGAAGGCUUUUCAAAAGAAACCCACCAAUCCAGAAUUCUCCCUGGGACUGGCCAUCACACUCUACCGUCUGGGUGACAAAGCACCAACAGAGAACACCGUUCGCCUUCUGAGGCAGGCCAUCCAGCUGAAUCCUGACAACCGGUAUGUUCACGUUCUCCUGGCUUUGACUCUCCAGAAGACCCAGAAACAAGCUGAAGGAGAUAAGCUAGUCGAAGAGGCCUUGAAGAAAACGCCAUGCCCCACGGAUGUACUCUGCAGUGCAGCCAAGUAUUACCGAAAUAAAGGUACUCUAGACACGGCUAUUGAAUUACUUAAAAAGGCUUUAGAAUCAGUACCAAACAAUGUCUUUCAACAUCUGCAGAUCGGAUGCUGCUACAGAGCCAAAAUCAGGCAGAUACAGAGGUCACGGGGGUACACCACAAAGGAGAAGGAAGCAGAGCUGCGGGAGAUGACGAGACACGCACUGAAUCACUUUAAGAGGGUUGUCGAGUUGAAUGUUAACCUUCCCCGUGCCUGCUCUGACCUUGCCUGCCUCUAUGCCAUCACUGGCCAGUAUGAUAAGGCAGAGUAUUACUUCCAGAAAGAAUUCAGUAAGGAUCUGCCUCCUGCCGAGAGACAAGUGCUCCACCUGCGCUAUGGAAACUUCCAGCAGUACCAGCGACUGUGGGACGACACUGCCAUCCACCACUACCUGCAGGGUUUGAACAUCAAUGGGACAGUGACCGAAAAGGAAAAGCUGAUUGUCAACAUAAGAAAAAUUGCCCACAAACGACUCUCUAAAAAUGCCUCUGAUGCCAUGGGUUGGCAACUCUCCAGAUUCAUUCGUGAGUUGAAUAGAAAGGGGCACCCAUGGGACAGUGUGCCAUCAGAGGCCAGCAGGGUUGUCCCCCCUGCCCUGAGGGCUGAGAAGGGCAGUGAGGAAAAGACCACGGAAGCAGGUGAGACCCACCACCCAGAGAAGCAGAAGGCCCUAGAGAGAGCCUGUAACCAGUCCCGAGGGUUUCAUAUAGAGAAGAGCCAGAAAGAGAGCAAGAGAGAGGUGUAGGAGGCCUGGCAAGGUGGUCACGAAGGGGAGGGAAACAGGGACACAGAGAGACUGAGAAGCCACAACUGGCAGGAGCUGGGCCAGGUAGCUGGGCUGCUCAUGUUGUUGUCUCUUUUUCUAGGUUUCCCAAAAUUCUCUCAGCCAGACCUGGAAAUGCAGAAUCAUUUUUCCUCUGUCCUACAGAUAUUUUGAGCAAAAUCUCCUCUGAGGGCAAGCUCUUGCUUUGGGACCGUGGGACUCUGUACCACCCAGCUCUCACCCCACGCCUUGCCCUCGGCCUAGGACACAGCGGGUACUCAACACCACUGAUGGGAACAAGGGAAGACAGCAGCACUGGGGCCUGGUCCUCCUUCCUUGCUCCUGACACUCACAAAUGAAUUCCAUACAAACCAAAGAUUUAAAUGUUUCAGAAACAGAAAUCACAUUUCUAGAGGAAUUCUUGAGAGGGUUUUUCAGGUCACACAGUCUGGAAGCUGUAAGUAUGAAACAAAACACAAAAGGGCAAAAGUAUUAGGGAAUUCAAUCACACUAUGAAACACGUUUCAUAGAAGAGGGCCCUCUGGAAAGUCAAAAGAUCAAUGACAGACUUAAAAAUACUGUUUCAGUAUGUUACCAGAUAACGGAUUAACUUCCUUAAUGCUGAAACAGUUCCUCUGGACAAAUGGGCAGAGGUCAGGAAAUCAAAAUGGCUUAAAAAGGGGAAAUGAUUCUCAAUGUCACUCUUAUUAAGAGAAAGCAAACCAACACUAUUAAGAGAGGUCAUCUCAGGUCAACCAAAGAAACACCUUUUGGAAAAAGGUACUAAAUAAGGAUGUGGGUGAAUAGGCUCCAUCACACAUCGCCGUUGAGAUUAUAAAUCCUGUAGAUGGAGGGCAUUUGUUGAUGGCAGGUAAACAUUCAUGAAUCUUUGUCCCAGCAGUUCCACUCAUUAAUCUAUCUUGUAUUUGCAUAUGCAUGCAAAGACAUGUAUAAAGAUACUCAUGAAGUUUUGCUUAUAGUAACAAAGGACUGACAACAACUCAAAUGUCCAUCACUAGGGGACUCAUUAACUCAAUUUUCAUAUUUCAUGCUGAGAACAGCAUGCAGCUAAUGUAAAAAAAAAAGGCCAUUCUAACUAUAAAAAUAUAGAACACUAUCUCUGAGAUAUAUUUUAAAAAUUUUUUUAAGUGCAGAAGAGUGUAUAUGACAUGCUAACAUUGUUCAAAGGAAGGAAGGAAGGGUAGGAGGAGGAAAAAAAGCCUAUCACAUUAUUUGCAGAAUAUUUGUGAAAAGGACGUAGCUCCUCUAGGGUAGUCUCCAGAGAAGAAAUGGGUUGUCUGGGAGUCUAUAUGGAAGGAAGACUUAUAUAUUUCAACUGUAUAGAAUUUUUAAUUUUGAAUUUGAUACCCAGAGCAUAUAUCACAUUGUCAAAUAAAGUAUGCAACAAGACAAAUUCAAAACAAAAGAUGGUGACACAAGAGUGCUGUGCCCACCCCACUGGUGUCCAUUCUGCAACUGGUUCUUGCUGGGUCCAACCCACACUAAUAAACAUUUGAAGAUCUCUGCACCUAAUCAACAAGUCUCUAGAUUGUAGGUCUUUCUUUCUUUCUUUUUUUUUUUUUUUUUUGAUUGCAGGUCUUUCUUCAUGCCUUCAACUUACAUGCCACUACUCAUCCAUUCACCCCACCCCUAACAUAUACAGUGUGUCCUCUACUCUCUUCGCCAGUCCAUAAUGGUGUCCACCGCAACUGAUCCUUGAAAGUGUAACCAUGUCCUAGACCUUUGCUCUGACCUCUCUUCACCUGUCCCACCAUCCAUGUUCAGGAAUUUGCUUUUUGUGCAACAAACUUCUCUUGAGCUCCCAAAGGCAUCAAGGAAUUUGAUGAAUGAGAAUGCACCAAGAUGAAGAGCACAACUCUUUAAGUUCUGCUGACGGCACAUGCCCUGUAUUUGUCUCAUUUCCCAAUGAAGAGGGAAGAGCUUCAUCAUCCUGUGUGCUUCCAGGUUGCGGGCCUCCCCCACCACCCCCGGUCAUUAGAUGGAUGAAAGUUUAACCUUGCCCUCAGAUCAUAAACUCCACAAAGUUCACAAUGAUACUCCCCUGCCCUGACAUUGAAGGGUGAUCUUAGCCAGUAUUUCUUGGCCUUGCAUGUUAUGGGGCUCCCUGCCUGUAGCCCUUUACCGAGUGCAAGUGGAGCCCCAAGGAAUGGGCAAAGUCUGGUCGGAAACUGAAGUAGCCAUGGCUUUCUUCCAGAGAGCUGGUCAACAGUCAGAGAGAGAGGUGGAAAAGCUCCUCUUGCUAAUUCAAAGAGAACCAGAAGUCCAUACACAUGCACUUCCACACAUUUCCUCUGCUGUCCCUUGUGUCUUUAUGUGACCUUUUUCAUCUCUCUUUUACUCACCAAUGCUUCCAUGAUCAUCAACUUUUAAAACUCUUUAUUCUCAGAAUCAGACACUGACAAAUAUUUGAGGCAUUCUUCGAAGGCAUUGCUCCAUUGAAUAACCUUUCCAUCGAAGGCUAUUAUCACCAAAGGUUCUGGGGCGCCUGGGUGGCUCAGUGGGUUGAGCCUCUGCCUUCGGCUUGGGUCAUGAUCCCAGUAUCCUGGGAUCGAGCCCAGCAUCGGGCUCUCUGCUCAGCGGGGAGCCUGCUUCCCCCUCUCUCUCUGCCUGCCUCUCUGCCUACUUGUGAC